AUGGAAACAUUAUGUAGACAUUUUUCUGACGUAAGGGACCCAGAGACCUACUCACCUACAUUUGCACCUAGUCAUGAAGUGAUAGGAUUAAUUGCGAAAUUUCUCAUUCUUCGUAACAGAAUUUUUUAUACCUCAAUGGCGGCUGUAUCAUGUGGAAUAGGUGGCGUGAAGAGAUUAUUGAUCGGGAUAACUUUAUUGCCGAGCAGGCUCAGUAGACGGCAAGUCUCCGGUGUGUACCGCAACGUCCGGGAUUCUCGAAACAUUUGGCAAGCUACGAUCAAUACGACAAGGAGAUACCAGUCGGUAUCAUUGGCGAGUACUUUCUCGAAGCCGGCAGUCGCACCCAUCUUCGUUCCCAUCCGGUCGUCAUCCUCCUCCUCAUUUUGCAAGCUCAAGAUGGUAAAUUCAGUAGAAACCGCUUCAGUUGGAGCAGAAUCUAAUGGUUGUGACAAUGGGCACAGUGCUGGCCAAGAAGUUUUAGUUGACACUGCAGCAUCAUUCAAAGAAAUUCAGAUUCCUUUGUCUUGGGGACAUUUAGCAGCUAAAGUAUGGGGAAAGCCAAAUGAUCAUCCGAUUCUGGCUCUACAUGGUUGGCAAGAUAAUGCUGGUACCUUUGACAAGCUGAUUCCUUUACUUCCAACUGACUUGUACGUGGUGUGUCUGGAUUUCUGUGGUCAUGGUUUGUCCAGUCACUAUCCUAAAGGUAUGAUGUACCAUUAUUGGGAUCACAUUGCUCAUAUUCGCUUGGUGGCCGAAUAUUUCGGUUGGUCUCGCUUUUCCAUCCUGGGUCAUAGCCUGGGUGGAAUUGUUGGUUCCAUGUUCACAGCCAUUAGUCCACACAUGGUUGAAAAGCUUGUGAUGAUUGACAUUGUCAAACCUAUCUCAACUCCUGCACGGUUCCAGCCAGAUAAAUCUGCCAAGGCCAUAGAAAGUUACAUUCAGGUGCUAAAAAAACUGGAACAAAGUCCACCCUCUUACACGUACGAAGCAGCUCGUGAGAGACUUGUUCAGGCCAAUAAUGGAUCGAUUGAUUCGGUAGCAGCCGAAGUCUUGAUGCGCCGAGGUACUAAACAGCAUGAAGAUGGUAGUUACUAUUAUUCUCGUGAUCUCCGCCACGUAAUUCCCACUGUGGCCUCUUACACUGCUGAACAACAUGCCGAGUACGCCAAAAGAGUCCAUUGCCCGUUGCUACUCAUCACGGCUAAAGGUGGACUAAUCUAUGAAGAUAAGUCGGUCAUCGAAGAUUUUAUCAAGAUAUACAGGGAUGUCAGCAAAGGAGGAUUCCAGCACGCACACGUUGAAGGAACUCAUCACGUCCAUCUCGUCAAUCCAGAGAAUAUCGCACCUGCAGUCUCAAAAUUUUUCUGCGGUGAUGCCGAGCAAGUCGAGUCAUCCACCUAACAGAAUAGACGAUAGCAAAUCGAUAAACUGUACCGAUUAAUUUUUACGUUAGGAAACAAUUUUUGAAUUUGAAUGAUUUA